AUGGAGGGCUCUGUGCUCAGCCCCACAUCCUGGGAAAAGCGGAGGGCAUGGCUGCAGAAGACCCACAACUGGCAGACACAGAUCCUAGAGGAGGAGGCAGCAGCUGCCUUGCAAGACAUUCCAGACCCUGAGCCCCCCAACCUGGAUGAUGUCUUCUUGGAAGAGAGCUCCACGAAUAAGAUUGAAGACUGGCUUCAGGAUUGUGGAUCCUCCGAGGAUGGGUUUCCUGAAGAGCCUGGCCUGUCCAUCCAUGGCAGAUGUCCCAGCCACGAAGCCAGUUUUGAUGAUGACCUGACCUUGGGAGCAGAGGCAAUUCUGCUAGAAUCCAAUGGCAAACUCCUUUCCAGGAGUUUCCUGGAGACAACCAAGCCAGGACAUCUACUCAACCUUGGCUGCAGUAUGGCAUCUAGCAACAUGACCAGUGUGACCAAUAAGACCAGUUCAAGCAUCUCAGAGAUUCUGGACAAAGUCGGGGAGGAUGCAGAGGAUGUCCUCUUCAGCCUGGGCUUUGCUCAAGACAAUCAUAGAGCCGCAGCUCGGAUUCCUGCUCGCUUCUUCACCACCCCCUCCCAGGCAAAGGGCAUUGACUUUCAGGUCUUCUUGAAGGCUCAGGUGCGAAGGAUAGAGAUGGAGGACCCCUGCUUGAUGCUGGCCAGUCGGUUUAAGCAGGUGCAAACGUUGGCCACCACUGCUGAUGCCUUCUUCUGCCUCUACUCCUAUGUGUCCAAGACUCCUGUCCAGAAGUUCAUGCCAUCCCAAUUGUUCUGGCCCAGUGCUGCUGAUGCACCCCUCAUUCGGGUCCUUCCCCCAGAACCUGAGGCUCGAUCCCCUGUGGAGCGUCUUCGGAGAGCAGUAUCCAAGAUGUGCCUCUAUACAGCCCCUCGGGAUGUACCAUCUCCAUUCUGUGCUUCAGCUAAAAGAAAUAGUCUAGAUCAAGUGGUGUGGGAGGUGAUGGACAGGGCGAGAGAAGAUAGGCUUGCUCUCCAGGUGGGGUCUGGCAGAAAUGCUUCCCCAGACCUCUCCUCCAGAGCAGAGACUCAAUGGGGGAUUCCAUCACCUCUUCAAACUGAGGAAUUUAUCCCUAAGCCCUCCUACUACAGAGAUGUAGGGACAGAACCUGUGGACAAUGGGGAUCUGGAAGAAGGGAGAGACACUAAAUGGGGUAACGCUUACAUUGCCAGCCAGCCCCCUACGCUAUUCACUCCACACAUUUUGAAGGCAUCUCCUCCACAACCCUUCCACUGCACAAACACUGAGACAGCAAAGUCACAGACCAGAGGGGAUCUGGAGUGGAGAACAGAGGCUAAGGAACAGAUAGCUUGGGAUAGAAAGAGAGAACUGUGGAGCUGGCAAGCCAAAGAGGAGACACAUUUAAGCAAGAAUCAGGAUGCCACCAGUUCCCUGGAGCUUUGUAGGAGCCAGAGGUAUCCUGGAGGGACAAGAGGACAAGCAAGAAGACGGCUGUUCCAAAGGAACUACCAAGGUAUCAAGGAGAGGGGAAUCAGUCCCUUAGAAUGGGCCACCAAUGAGGAAGAGUUGGGGAAGAGGUCAGUGGGAUCAGCUUGGCUCCACAGCAUACCCCAGAGGUUCACUGAACAGCAACAGGACUCCUUGGAUUUGGAGGAGGUACCUAGCAACAGUGAUGAAGAAGGGAACAACUGUACCAGUGAACCUGAAUGUCCCUGCUCACUAUCACUUGGCACCUCUGGAUGGAAGCCCAGAAGCUUUCUCCUUCACACCAGCAGCAUCCACUCUGAUAGCAGUGGAUUUGUAGAGGACCAGCCCCUGCCACCACCACCCCAUCUCUCAACUGAGAAGGUUCUCCAAGGGGUCUAGUCUCUAUCUUCAGGUGCCUCAGGUCACCUGAUGUGAACAUAGCAAGGCCCCCGGGUGGGCAGAAGGUACCUGGACAGAGGUUCAUUUCCCAGAUCCCACUCCUUGCCUGUGACAAAAGGGAAAGGUGGAAGAGCUGGUGAAAGCUGUACCUGGG